CUGGGAGGAGACUCAGCUCUGCUAAGAAAAGCAGGGCGGACACCAGGGCAGGCAGGCUUGGCAGCAGUGCUGGAGCAAAUCUCUUCCCCAGAGAAGAAGCUAGCGAGUAGCAGACUAUGGAGCUGGCCUCAGCACAUCGCCACAGAGGGCAGAUUCCCUGGAGGGGACUGCUGCUCACAGCCUCACUUUUAACCUCCUGGAGCCUUCCCACCACUGCCCAAGUCACCAUUGAAGCUGUGCCUCCCGCUGUUGCUGAAGGGAAGGACGUCCUUCUACUUGUGCACAAUCUGCCACAGACAUUCCAAGUCUUUUACUGGUACAAGGGAACCACCACUACAGAUGUUAACAAUGAAAUUGGGAGAUUUGUAACACAAACUAAUCGGAUCACUAUGGGGCCUGCAUCCAGUGGCAGAGAGACAAUAUACACCAAUGGAUCCCUGUUCAUCCAAAGUGUCACCAAGAAUGAUGAGGGAGUCUACACAUUAGAUAUAAUAGAUCCAGACUACAAUCAUAGCUAUCCGCGUGUGCAAUUUUCUGUACAUGCCCCAUUACCAAAGCCCAACAUCACAAGCAACAACUCCAAUCCUGUGGAGGGUGAGGACUCGGUGUCCUUAACGUGUGAAUCUUAUGCUAAUGAUGCAUCCUACCAGUGGAGCAGAAAUGGGGAAAGCCUCUCAGAAGGUGACAGGCUGAUGAUGUCUGAUAGCAACAGGACUCUCAUUUUAAUCAAUGUCACGAGGAAUGACACGGGACCCUAUGAGUGUGAAACCUGGAACCUAGUGAGUGCCAACCGAAGUGACCCGUUCUACCUGAACAUCACCUAUGGUCCGGACACCCCGAUUAUAUCCCCCUCAGAUAUUUAUUUGACUCCAGGGUCAAACCUCAGCCUCUCCUGCCACGCAGCCUCUAACCCACCUGCACAGUACUUUUGGCUUACCAAUGAGAAGCCCCAGGCAUCCUCCCAAGAACUUUUUAUCCCCAACAUCACUACUAACCAUAGUGGAACCUAUACCUGCUUCGUCAAUAACUCUGUCACUGGCCUCAGUAGGAGCACAGACACGAACGUUACAGUCCUUGAGGAAGUGACUCCGCCUUCCAUCCAAGUCACCAACACCACAGUCAAAGAAAUGGGCUCUGUGACCCUGACCUGCCUCUCAAAUGACACUGGAAUCUCCAUCCGUUGGCUCUUCAAUCACCAGAGUCUGCAGCUCAUGGAGAGGAUGACACUGUCCCAGGACAACAGCACCCUCACAAUACACCCUAUUAGGAAGGGAGAUGCCGGGGUGUAUCAAUGUGAGAUCUCCAAUCCAGUCAGCUUCAAGAUAAGCAACCCAAUCCAGCUGGAAGUAAUAGCUGACCCAACGCCAGGAGAUUCCGGCCUCUCAGGGGGUGCCAUUGCUGGCAUCGUGAUCGGAUCUGUGGCUGGGGUGGCUCUCAUAGCAGCUCUGAUAUAUUUCCUCUAUUCCAGGAAGACUGGCGGGGGAAGUGACCAGCGAGAUCUCACAGAGCACAAACCCUCAGCCUCCAGCCACAAUCUGGCUCCUUCUGACAAUUCUCCUAACAAGGUGGAUGACGUCGCAUACACUGUCCUGAACUUCAACUCCCAGCAACCCAGUCAGCCAGCCUCAGCCCCUCUGUCUCCAAAAGCCACAGAAACACUCUAUUCAGAAGUCAAAAAGAAGUGAGCAUAGUCUGUCCGUCUGUCCUGGUGGCUGCACCACUGCUGCAUUCCCAGAAUCUGUUCCUCACUGGAGGGUCUCUGCACACACACACACACACACACACACUCUAUUGACUCCUUCAGUGUCAAUAGAAGAAAAGGUGGAUCCUGGAGCCCACAGAAAACUUAACCCUUCUAGGCAUUAAAAUGUGGCUGAGAGAGAGGUGCCAAGACUGGCUGCCCCUUCACUUUGCUGACCCAGAUUGUUUUAAAUUGACCUAUUCGUAACAUAUUCAUGCCUCUUCCAACACCAAGGCCUGCCCUGUCAGAGUCUGACUUGAAUUUCCAUAAACCUUAGAGGUCACCUAAGUGCUUAUGCCAAAAAAAAAUAAACAAAGCAAAACAAAACAGAAGCAGGAAACAACCAGUCCCAUCUUUGCAAAGGCUGAAGUGAAGCCACCACACGUGGGAAGAUCAGUCCUCCAUGCAGUGGUUCCCUGGGCAACCAACACACCUGACAGCCGACACACCUGACAGCCGACACACCUGACAGCCGACACACCUGACAGCCAACACACCUGACAGCCGUCACACCUGACAGCCGUCACACUCACCCACCUGUGGCAUUAGUCUCUGAACCUUGGUCUUCACACCUGAGCCUUCCUGUGAGCCUUUCCCCAGAAAACCCACUCAGAGCGCUCUUGGGCAGCAGCCUUAAGCAAUUGCUAAGUGGGACGCAGAAGAUGAGACAACAUCUCUAACACCUACCAGGAAGGGGCUCAGAAAAGCAGCGCUGGUGACCUUGGGUUGACCAACAUCUGGAAUUUGAAAAAAGGAGAAGACAGAUACGCUUUGUAGAGUGUUGAAAUUAUUUUACAAGAAGCCAUAUUUGGAGGUAUUGGGGUUUUCUUCUUUCUGAGACAAUCCACUAUUUGAAAUUUGUAGCUACUGACUUGCCUCUUACUGUGUAAGCUGAUCAAUUUGCCUUAGGGCCACUAAAUUUCUUUCUCCCUUGGCUCCUCAAGCCCUUUUGAUCAUGACUUCCAAACCAGAAGUCAAUACACGAGCAGCAAGGCAGUCCCUUGCGGGGCCACUGUCACGGGCCAGGAUAAGCCUCCUACUUUUCUGAAUUAGUCAAGAAAAGCCUGGCUUUUCCAUUUUCCAUGUUCUUACCUUGUCUCUCAGAUAGUGGCCAGACCCUGGACAAUCUUCCUCUGAGAUCUCCAGCUUGUCUGCCUUCUUGUGUUUCUUUUAAACUCUAACAAAACUGUCCUCAGCUUCAAAAAAUAAAAUAAUAGCAAGCUUUUCCCAUCCACACCAAAGAAAGACCCAACUCAGCUUCUGGAAGUCUGGGACCGGCCUCCAGCUGCCCUUCUGCAGUGUCUCUGCCUUUGUUUCCCUUUUCUUUUCUUUUUGACUUUUUCCCCUUCUUUUGAGACAGAGUUUCAGCAUGUAGCCUGCGCAGGUUUCAAUCCCACAAUGCCUUCUGCAGUAUCGCACCUGCUGAGAUCGCAGCACAGGCCUCAAGCCUGGCUACCUGUACACUGUCUGCCCUGCACUCUCAGGAAGCCUUGGCCUCUGCUGCUGUCUGUGUGGUUCACGUGACUUGUGCCCUGAAGGGAAUACCGACAGUAGCAUUGUUUACAGCCUGGAAUGCUCUGCACUUCCCGUGAAACAGUGCUCCACCGGAAAUGGACAGUUAGCAGGGUCCUCUUACCCUGCCCUGCCUGACCUUUCUGUAGCCUCUGAUCUGCCUUUUCCACCAGGGAACCAGAGAUGAUGCCAGCAGCAGGAGGAAAGGCAAAUGUAGUCUCAGGAACCUCUGCUCAAAGGCACACCCUCUGUGCCUGUCAAGCAAAGGUUAUAUUAGAUAUCAAGUGUUUGGCCUCAUGCCUAGCAGGCUUCUGAGAGAACUGUUUAGUUCUCCUACUCAGGGAUUUCUUUCAGGGAUUUCCAACCCUAACAUAAUCUGUGUAUAUUUUGCUUCACCCACACAAUACUGGAUUAUUUAAUUUUGCCUGGCUAAAGCCAAAUCUGAGUCAUUUGUAAAUUGUCUCUAUGUUCAUAAUAAAAAAAUUUAUUAUAUAUCACGGAUACCA